GCUGCAGAGCCUGCUUGCGCAAAGGCCGCUGGGAGGCUGCAGAGCCCGGUUCUGUGCGAUGGCGCCGGGGGAGGCUCGCCGCGCGCUCCCGGGCUGGGUCUCGGUGCUGGGCUGGGGCCUGGCGCUGUGCUGUCUGUGCGGAGCGGGCCCGCUGUGGAGUGGCAACCACGAAUGGAAGAAACUAAUUUUGACCCAGCACUGGCCCCCAACCGUGUGCAAGGAAGUUAACAGCUGCCGAGACUCUCUGGAUUACUGGACAAUACAUGGACUAUGGCCCGAUAGAGCAGAAGAUUGUAACCAAUCCUGGCAUUUUAACUUAAAUGAGAUUAAGGACCUUUUGCAAGACAUGAAGGUCUACUGGCCCGAUGUGAUUCACCCGUCCUCUAACCGCAGCCAAUUCUGGAAACAUGAGUGGGACAAACAUGGCACCUGUGCUGCCCAGGUGGACGCCCUCAAUUCCGAGAAGAAGUACUUUGGGAAGAGCCUGGAUCUGUACAAGCAGAUUGACCUCAACAGUGUGCUACAAAAAUUUGGGAUCAAGCCAUCUAUCAACUACUACCAGCUUGCAGAUUUUAAAGAUGCACUCACCAGAAUCUAUGGUGUGGUGCCUAAAGUCCAGUGCCUUCUGCCAGAACAGGGAGAGAGUGUCCAGACCAUUGGCCAGAUAGAGCUGUGCUUCACCAAGGAGGACUUACACUUGCGGAACUGCACUGAGCCGGAUGAACAGCUGUCCCCCAGGCAGGAAGCCUGGCUGGCCAUGGGCGCGUCUACACAUGGGAUGAUGGUCUGUGAAGACGGCCCAGUCUUCUACCCUCCACCUACAAAGACCCAGCAGUGAUGGUCACAUUUUGGAAAUAUUUUAUAUUCCACAAAGUAAGAAAAGUUCACAAAUCAUUGCUUUCUACAAUUUCACUAAAAAAUUUCUUAACAUA